CUUAUCGGCUUCCGUACUCGCGUUAAAGGGGACGUGACAGGGAGUGAGCAGGAAGUGUUUGGCUUGCCUCAGGUUUUCCCUCGCCGCCGCAGCCAUGAGCCGAAGCUACAACGAUGAGCUCCAGUUCCUGGACAAGCUCGACAAGAACUGCUGGCGCAUAAAGAAGGGCUUCGUGCCCAACAUGAACGUGGAGGGUGUAUUCUACGUGAAUGAUCCUUUAGAAAAGCUGAUGUUUGAAGAAUUAAGGAAUUCGUGCCGAGGUGGAGGUGCUGGAGGAUUUCUGCCAGCAAUGAAACAAAUAGGAAAUGUAGCUGCACUGCCUGGCAUAGUUCAUAGAUCUAUAGGGCUGCCUGAUGUCCAUUCUGGUUAUGGAUUUGCUAUUGGUAAUAUGGCUGCCUUUGAUAUGGAUGACCCUGAAGCAGUCGUAUCACCAGGUGGUGUAGGUUUUGACAUCAACUGUGGUGUGAGGUUACUGCGCACCAACCUUGAUGAGUGUGAUGUCCAACCAGUAAAGGAGCAGCUUGCUCAGUCCAUGUUUGAUCACAUUCCUGUUGGCGUGGGAUCAAAGGGUGUCAUCCCCAUGAAUGCAAAAGACCUGGAAGAAGCUCUAGAGAUGGGGGUGGAUUGGUCCCUGAGAGAAGGCUAUGCCUGGGCUGAGGAUAAAGAACACUGUGAAGAGUAUGGGAGGAUGUUGCAAGCUGACCCAAAUAAAGUCUCUGCAAGGGCAAAGAAAAGGGGGCUCCCCCAGUUGGGGACUUUAGGAGCAGGAAAUCAUUAUGCUGAGAUCCAGGUUGUCGAUGACAUUUAUAACGAGUAUGCUGCUAAAAAAAUGGGCAUAGACCAUAAGGGACAAAUUUGUGUGAUGAUCCACAGUGGCAGCAGAGGGCUUGGACAUCAAGUUGCUACAGAUGCACUGGUGGCCAUGGAGAAAGCUAUGAAACGAGAUAAGAUCAUAGUGAAUGAUCGCCAGCUGGCAUGUGCCCGGAUUUCUUCCCAGGAGGGUCAGGAUUAUUUGAAGGGAAUGGCAGCUGCUGGAAACUAUGCAUGGGUCAAUCGUUCUUCCAUGACUUUCCUCACUAGACAGGCAUUUGCCAAAGUCUUCAAUACUACCCCUGAUGAUCUGGAUAUGCAUGUGAUCUAUGACGUAUCUCACAACAUUGCUAAAGUGGAGCAACAUGUGGUAGACGGGAAAGAACGGACCUUACUGGUUCAUCGGAAAGGAUCAACCAGGGCAUUUCCUCCUCACCACCCCCUCAUCGCUGUUGAUUACCAACUAACAGGCCAGCCAGUAUUGAUUGGUGGAACCAUGGGAACCUGCAGCUAUGUCCUUACUGGUACAGAGCAAGGCAUGAAUGAAACCUUUGGAACCACAUGUCAUGGAGCCGGUCGUGCUUUAUCCCGUGCCAAAUCUCGACGUAACUUGGAUUUCCAAGAUGUGUUAGACAAGUUGGCAGAUAUGGGGAUUGCAAUUCGUGUGGCUUCCCCUAAACUGGUCAUGGAAGAAGCACCUGAAUCUUACAAGAAUGUGACAGAUGUGGUUAACACUUGUCAUGCAGCUGGCAUCAGCAAGAAAGCCAUUAAACUGAGACCCAUUGCUGUAAUCAAAGGCUAGAAAAGCCUUUCACGCAAAGUGGCCAGCACUGUCCUUACCCAAGCCUCAUGCUACUCAGAGUGCCUGGCAGUUAUGAUUCCAUCUGGCUGGAGAGUGUAGAUUAACACACUGUUUCCUGAAAUCUUUUGGAGAAAAGUGUAUCUAGAUUUUGGGUGGAGGAGUUAUACAAAAGGAUAAGCAAAGACAUGUUGGCCUGUUUAAUUUAUGGAGUGAUCUAUGAAACAGACUGAAUCUUUUUAGAAGAUCUAAAAACACUUUUGGAGGCUGCUCUUUCUACUUGAACGUUAAUGGAUAGCCCUUAGUCUUUCAGAAGGCUUAGUAUGAUGUAGAUCAAGUACGGAUACUUCAGUUCUGACUUGAUUGUCUUUGGUUCAAUCUAACAGUAAAUGUUCCCCUCUCCUAAAGACCUCACUCUGUAAUAUAUGAAUCACAUACUGAACCUGGCUUUUGAUAAUGCUUUGUACAGUCUAUAGCAGUGGUUCCUAACCUGUGGACUCUCCCAGAAAUCCCAGCCAGUUUACCAGCUGUUAGGAUUUCUGGGAGUUGAAGGCCAAAACAUCUGAGGAACCACAGGUUGAGAACCACUAGUCUAUAGGAAAUUCUUUGUGUACAGUGAGUUGAAAUAAAACCCAGUUGAUGCUA